UAUAUAUAUAUAUAUAUAUAAUUCUUAUUUUUUUACAUAAACACUCAACACGAGUGUCCCUUCUAUUUUAAUCGAUUUAUUUACCUUCAGUUAAAGGUUUGUUUAUCUCCUCACUGUAUCCAGCUGUUUAAAGGGGUCUGGGAUUUGAAGUCCAUAGGCAAGACCAAAACUAGAUCACUGCAGGCCGACCAAAUUAAUUUCCAUAAAGUCAUUGACAAAUCAUACGUAGCCUAAUCUCUGAAACCGUUACAUUAAAUAUUAUAAUUUCCUAAAAUUAUACUGCUAUGCAUUUUUAAAUGUUAUUCUUUAUAAAACUACAAAUCCCAAAAAGCACACUACACAUUCUGUGUCAACAGCGGUGCUCUAAAAAUAAAAUACACGCAUACACAUAGAUACGCACCAAGCAGGCCUGUGUGCUACUAUACGGAUAUCAGAGGCUUUCGUGUUGCAGGACGCAGAAAGACGGGCCCAGAUUCUGCAAAAUGUAUCGGAUAAUUAUAGAUUACCUGGCAACUGCACAUUAGCAGGUAGUUGGUGCACCGGCCAGUAAGUGCUUCGCUGAAGAAAUGAGAGGUGCUCGUUGACGAGACUCGACCGCUUCUUGGAUUUCUGUAGUAAGAACUCCACAGUGUCCUGCGGACGUGACUAAUUGAGCGCUGAAACAGUACGUGCUGUGUAGCUAAACUGGAACGACAAACGCUAAACUUCUGCAACAGUGGAAUAAAAAAAAACAGAGCAUUUUCGUUGCAUGUAAUGUUUUAAAAUAGAAAGCCAGUGAGGAGGACGGUUUUUGAAAACAAUCCUGUCUAGAACUUAAGUUUCAGAAGAAAUUAAAUCUGUUCAAAAGCUGGAAGAAAAUUUAACCAAACCACAUUUGAACCACAAGUUAUUUAUAGGUAUUGUUUGCCAAACCUCCUACAGUAAUCAAAACGGGGAUACUGAUCAAUCACUUACUAUUACUAAUUUCUCCUGGUUAAAAUAUAGAAAUCGAAUAAUCAGAUUGAAUCAAUGAUGGACCCCCGCCAGCCCCUAGUUACGCCUCUACGUUUUGUUCAUAUUUAGUUGCCUAGUGUUCUGUGCAGGUGAACAAUGGACAAGCCCAGUUUCAAGUGGCAGCACCACCUCCCCCAGCAGCAGCUACUGCAGAAGCAGGUUGAGUCGGCGAUGCCCAGGAACCUUGCUUACAUCUCGGGGCAGUUCCAGCACUCGCGGCUGGCAGAGGGAUUCGGGUGCGAUGCCAUGAGUGGUGAGCCGGGGAAGGUCAAGAUUCGCCCCCCACCACCCCGGCAGCAGGAUGUGAAUAAGGAGCCUGCCUCGCGAGGACCCUCGUGCGAGCCCCAGCCACGGCCCAUCAUCCGUCGACGGGCAUGCUCGCUGCCCUGCUCCCUCAAGAGAAAGAGAGGCCCUUCCAGGGAGGGCCGGAGCCAGAGGGUGCGCUUUGUGGAUUCCCUAGGUCUGGAUCUGGCAGAGGUGAAGGUGUUCAGAGCCGGGGACGACCCCGUGGUGCCCCUGCAUGUCCUCACCAGGCUCAUACUGAGCUCAGAGCUGGCUUCGAGCAGGGACAUGGUGAUCCCCAUUCCCUACCUGGAGCCGGACUUCCCCCUGGAGCAAGGCAAGCGAGAGGAUUUCCUGGAGCGCCUGGCCCGGCAGAGGGUUUGCCUGGGGAGGGUCUCGUGCUCGGAGCUGGGGAUCACAGGCCUUGCGUGGGUCCAGAACCUCUCCUUCAGGAAGGAGGUCAGUGUCAGGUACUCCUUCACGGCCUGGAAGAGCAGCUCCGACACCAAGGCCUGCUGGGACUCCAGCGAGGGCGGGGAGGGGGCAGCAGAGAGAGGGCCCGCCUGGGACGUGUUCCGGUUCUGUCUGCCUGUGCCCCCUUUCAUCCUGCAGCCCGGAGCCUCCCUGGAGUUCGCUAUCCGUUACCGGGUCUUGGGGGCUGAGUUCUGGGACAACAACAGCGGCCGCAACUACAGCCUGACCUGCCACAGCUACAAGCUGACCGUCCCUAAAGAGUGUGAAGACAGCUGGAUACACUUCAUCUGAGCCCCUCCUCGGAGAGAGCUGAGGAAGAUGGAGCAGCCUGCACACACCGGCAUCGCCUCAGUUCUCUUUACUAGAGCUGAUCAUAAGAGAACACUUUGAAGCAGUGUGCAGUAGUCACCUGUUUUGUUUCAAUUUUAAAUACUGCCCUGCUUCGCUUCCACCUGCUUUUAAAAAGUGCCAAGUAUCGAAUCAUACAACGCCUGUGAUGAAGACAGCAGGUGGCAUGUUAUGGACUGUUAACAUUAAGAAGCUGGAGGUGUUACAGUUUGUUGUUAUUCAUUACAGCUACAAUGGUAUAAGGAUAGAGGAGCCAUCAUUUGAAUUUAAUCCUAGGGGUUAGAUGCAUAUCAUAGAUGUGUACUAAUCUGCUGAGUGCUGUUCCUGCUUGUGGUGCCAGUUUGAUGUCUGUAGCCAAGGUGUUAUUAAUGCGCUGUAACCAAACCACCUGUCAACAGAUUGUUUCAGUAACUUCUCAUUUCAAAUGACUACAUUCGUGUACUAAAGGGUGAUAAAGUAUAGCAAUGUUCACUCUGAGAUGAUUACCGUAAGAGGGAAUCUUUUAGACCAGGUGGCCCAACGUCCCAACAGGGUGUCAGUGUCUGAACUGUCAUGUGAUCCUGUAGCAUUAACCGGUUCUUCAGGCAUCAUGUGACUGGUCGUGACGAGAUGUCUUUGCUAUACUUUAGCCUGUCGUACUGUGAAGGGUGUUAGGCUUGCUUACUAAAUUUGAUUUAUGGUGUUGCCAUAAUCCUUUGCAGACAAAGCUUUUGGAAAGCAGGGAGGUUCCCAGUUUUAAUCGCUUUCUGUUAUUUUUAUGCUGUAAAGCCUGACCACCAUACAAUGCCCUUUGUAUUAGUACACAGAAUUGAUAUAUUUUUUGCACUGUUGGUAUGCUGUGUUUGCACUAGCUUGCUUUGAUUCCAGCCAUGCAUUGAAACACUGUCGCGUGUCAAAGUGUCAAAGUUUGCACUUCUUUUUUUUUGCCCUGCAAAGCAGACCUGCUGCAGUUUCUAGCAGACAAGGGCAACAUCAUAUUUUGCAAAGUUAGUUGUUGUUAGUUUUAAUAACAUUACCAUUCCUUUCAGGUGAAAGAUAGCGCAGACUUUGUUGAUGAAGGCUCAGUGUUUCUGCUGCUUGUUUGGAAGGUGAAAUUGUGCAUUGGAAAUGGAUGUGAUCAGUCGGAAUCAGUCAUGCAUCUGAAGUCCAUCUGUUUCUAUUGGGCUUGGCAUGGAAAUACGACUCCUUGCAUAGCAGUUUGACCCAUCCCUGGUUCUACUAUGAGUUCUCCUGAGCUUGUUUUGUACACUGUGGCUAAUCAGACUCAUAAUAAAACCUGGAAUGGAUGAAGCAGCUAUGCAAUAGAAGAUCUAUUUCCAUCCCUGCACAGUAAGUUAAUGCACAUUAGUGCUAAAGAUACUUUUCGUUGUAAUGUUUGUAUGUUAUUGCACUAGCCAUAACCUUCGAGCCCCUGGCUGCAAUGCACCUUUCAACAGGGACUGCCACUGCAUUGCAGUUUGAUUCAUUUCAUAUUUUACUGGGCGCUCCAAUCAGCCACAGCGUAGAGGCAUCUAGCAAUGUGUGUGACAGGCUGCAACUACCAUUACACAUCUUGAGUGAAUGCUAAUGCACUUCAGCAGCUUUUAGGUUUGCAAACUGAACUGGAUUAAGUUAUUUACUGGGAUUUUUCUAACAUUAAAAAAAAAUAAAUAGAUCUUUUCAGAAAAAAUUAACUGCAAAUACAAAUCUAGCCAAUAUUAUGCCAUAAUCGUCGGUUGUUGACGAUGAGGCACGUUUCACACAAGUCGUUUCUGUUAUGUGUAUUAAACUUUUUUUAAGACGUUUGUUUUUGCUUGUAUA